CUGCGCCGCGACGCGAACAGUUCAUAACAAUAAUAUAAAAAUGAUCCGUAUAAAAUAGCGUGUUUUUCCGUAAAUUCUUUUCGAACUUUCACAAAAAAUCAAUAUAAAGACUUAAUAGUGUUUAAAACAAGCUGGGUUUUUAAAUCUAAUUGCAGACAAAAACGUGAAAGUUUCGCUUUAAUGCAUUGAGCGAACCGUAAUGAGAGAUAACCGCGGUUGUGCCGGACGUUUACCAGGAAGAGGAGAUGAACUUCGGCGCGUGCACGAGUUGGUUGUGUCGGAACAACAACUCGGAAAAGCAGCAACAGCAGCAGCAGGAUGGGGGAAACCAAGAAGAACAAACUCCCGUUACCGUAACGACACCUGGUCCAAGUCCGGCUAUCUCCAAUGCUUGUGAUGACGUUAUUCCACCCCAAAAGAAUUGUUAUCGAUUGGUCGUGUUAGGUUCCGCUAGAGUAGGAAAAACUUGCUUGGUAGCUAGAUUUCUCGGUGGCAAAUUCCAAGAAAGUUACACACCCACAAUUGAAGAUUUCCACCGGAAAUUGUAUAGGAUUAGAGGGGAAAUACACCAAUUAGAUAUACUGGAUACAUCAGGAAAUCACCCAUUUCCUGCAAUGAGAAGACUUUCAUUUUUAACAGGUGAUCUUUUCGUAAUAGUGUUUAGCAUGGAUAGCAGGGAAACGUUCGAGGAGGCGAUUCGUUUAAGAGAACAGAUUCUGGAGACGAAGCAAAGUGCGGGAGCUGCAUCAAAUAGCGGUUUGACGCGCAAGAAGGUCGUGCCUCGGGUGCCGAUGGUCCUUGCAGGCAAUAAAUGCGACAAGGAGAUGAAGACUGUAACUGUAGAAGAAGUUCAAGCAUAUUGUGAAACUCAAGAUUCAUCGUGCGUAUUCGUGGAAGCAUCAUCAAAAAAAAACCUAAAAAUUGACGAGGUUUUUUAUCAACUCUUCAUCGUGGCUAAUCUACCGUUAGAGAUGGCACCGAAUCAUCAUAAACGUGUGAGCGCAAGUUUCGGUUCACCGUGUCCUUUACCACCGCCCCAACCAUCACACCAUUCGAAAAGGUACACGUUGUCAGUGAAACGACGAUUAAGUGAUGCCUGCGGUGUCGUGACCCCAAACGUACGAAGACCUAGCAUUAGGACAGAUCUGAUGAUUAUGCGUACGAAAACGUGUAGUAUGGGCGACAGCAACGGAACGACCGCGAAUUCGGUCAUCACGUGGCGAAAAGUGGAAAAUACAUGUGUCGUACAAUGAAAAUUAAAAAAAAAGAAAAAUACAAAAUUAGAUAAAAUAAUUUUUUUAAAUAAAUUUUUUUGAUAUAAACAAACGUUGCUUCGUUCACGAUACGCAAAAAAUUGAAAUGUUGUUGUGUCUUUCGAUGUUAAUGUUAAAUGUAUUUGUUAUUAAUAUGAAAGUUGUUUUUUUACAAAAAAAUUAUUAAAAUUGAUAAUUUUUUUUUAAAUAAUUUAAGAAAAGCAUGCCAUUAAAAUAUCGUGUUUUCAAUAAAAUUUGAUUUUAUUGAAAAUACUUCAUUAUUUUAUUGA